GUCCUUCCCCCGCCACGACGGCGAAGACCCCGUGAAGCUUCCUCCAAUUGGUACCCACCCCACCCGCCUUCUCCCUCGCUCCCACCGCCCUGCGACGAAGAGGAAAGGAGACGCCCGCUCCUCGAAGCCGAAACCCGAGGGUAACCUCCUGCUCCCGCUUCUCCGGCUUGAAUUGACGCGGUUCUGCUCGCGCCGAGGUCAAUUCUGUGGUUCGAAUUCACGCGCGCGUGCUCGGUUUCCCGCGAUUUAGUGGUGGGGGUACUGGUUUUACGGGGAAGUUGGUUGGUUUCGCUGCGGGAUGGAGAUGAUCGUACAGUACUCUGUUCGGCACUUCAGCAGUUGGGGGUUUGGAUGACAUGAGGUUUUCUAAUUUUUUGAGGCGAAGUCAGGCCGCCGUUGGGGCUAAGUGGCAGAGAGGCUUAAUUUGGAAUGCUGGGGGUUAUACUGCUGCUUUGAGGAAUUGAGGCUACCCGUGGAAGCAAGCAGAUCACUAAUGGAUCGGUCCAUAUCUUUAAUUAGAUGAUGUGGACACGAUCGUUUUGGUUUUUCCCACUAUGUUUACUGUGGCUAUUUCCAUUCUUUCUAAUUAUCUCGUUAAAAAUAUCUUAGCACUCAAUUCCGUUUUAGGUCCAUCUGUGAUUGUUAGUAACACAAAAUCUAUGCUGGCUGUUGUGACAUAGCUUAAGCUUAUCAAUUUCAUCUUAUUACUGAGAAUAUUUGAGAGGAUUGUUCUUGUUCUUGUUGUUUUGUGCAUGCCAGUGUUCGUGCUCUUACUCAGUUAGGCUUGAUAAUCAUCAGGAAGCUUCAUGUAUGCAAAUACCACAAGAACUGAUCUAGUCCUACUAACAUCUAAUUAGAAGAUGGUGAUGGGAAGAGAGGACAGAUACGCAAGAUUUCAGGACUGGAGUGAGCAGUCUGUUAGUUCAGAGAACAUAGUUGUGCCACGUAGAAGUGAUGUUUCAGUCUUCAGUUCACUUAAAGAAAGAACAUCCAGAGUUUUUACAUUCCUUGGAAACCUUUUGCACUCACAAACCUCAAAUAAAUCAACUGUGGAUGAAAGAAAGUCCGCAACAAGUACUCUUCAUCCUCAAGGACCAUUUCUGCAAAAGUGGAACAAAAUAUUUGUGAUAUCAUGUAUAUUUGCAGUUUCAGUGGACCCAUUGUUCCUAUAUAUCCCAAUUAUCAAUGAUGAAAAACCUUGCUGGUACUUGGACAGAAAGUUGGAAAUCACAGCAAGUGUCCUGCGCUUUUUCACAGAUAUUUUCUACAUACUCCAUAUCAUAUUUCAGUUCCGGACAGGCUUUAUCUCAUCUUCUCCUACAGCUUUUGGGCGGGGUGCCUUGAUCGAGGAUAGAUAUGCAAUAACAAAGCGGUAUUUAUCAACUUAUUUUUUUAUUGAUGUCUUCGCUGUUCUACCCCUCCCUCAGGUGGUUAUUUUUGUUGUGCUACCUAAUCUUCAAAGCUCAAAGGUUAUGAAAGCCAAAGAUGUAUUGAUGAUUAUGAUUAUAUGCCAAUAUGUGCCUCGGCUAAUACGGAUAAGACCUUUAUAUCUCCAAAUCACAAGAUCUGCUGGGGUAAUUACAGAGACAGCCGGGGCUGGUGCUGCAUUCAAUCUUGUACUUUACAUGCUUGCCAGUCAUGUCCUUGGAGCUCUUUGGUACUUGCUUUCUAUACAACGCCAAGAUUCCUGCUGGAGACAGCAGUGUAGAAAUAAUACGGAAUGUAAUCCUGCAUAUUUGUACUGCGGGGUUGAUGAUAAGACUGGGAAAAAUGCUUUUUUAACAGAAGUUUGCCUAUUAACUGAUCAGCCAAACAAUCUUCCAGAUCCACUAUUCGGAAUUUAUGCGCCAGCUAUAAAAAAUAUAUCACAAUCAAGAAGUUUCUUUGCGAAAUUAUUCUUCUGUGUUUGGUGGGGUCUGCAAAAUCUUAGUUCUCUUGGCCAAAACCUGAAAACAAGCACUUAUGCAUGGGAGAAUUUAUUUUCAGUUUUUGUCUCAAUAUCAGGCUUAGUUCUGUUUGCAUUGCUGAUCGGUAAUGUGCAGACCUACUUGCAGUCAGCUUCUCUAAGAAAAGAAGAAAUGAGAGUGAAAAGCCGUGACACAGAUCAGUGGAUGUCAUAUCGACUGCUUCCUGAGAACCUCAAGGAAAGAAUACGGCGUUAUGAACAGUAUAGAUGGCAAGAAACAAGCGGGGUUGAUGAAGAGCACCUCCUUAUGAACCUCCCCAAAGAUCUUAGGAGGGAUAUAAAACGACAUCUUUGUUUAUCACUUCUCAUUAGGGUUCCAAUGUUUGAAAACAUGGAUGAUCAGCUCUUGGAUGCCAUGUGUGACUGCCUAAAGCCUGUUCUAUACACAGAAGGUAGCUGCGUCAUUGGUGAAGGAGAUCCGGUAAAUGAAAUGCUCUUCAUCAUGAGAGGAAAUCUAAUGAGCAUGACGACAAAUGGUGGAAGAACUGGCUUUUUCAACUCCGAUGUUCUGAAAGGCGGAGAUUUCUGCGGUGAAGAGCUCCUCACCUGGGCUCUUGACCCUACAUCAUCAUCCAGCCUCCCCAGCUCAACAAGGACAGUGAAGACAAUGUCUGAAGUUGAAGCUUUUGCUUUGAGGGCUGAAGACCUGAAGUUUGUGGCCACUCAGUUCCGACGUCUCCACAGCAAACAGCUCCAGCACACUUUCAGGCUCUACUCGCAGCAGUGGAGAACCUGGGCCGCUUGUUUUAUACAGGCAGCGUGGCACAGGUACUGCAGAAAGAAGAUUGAAGAUUCUUUACGUGAGAAGGAGAAGAGGUUGCAAUUCGCGAUUGUGAAUGAUGGCUCUACUUCUCUCAGCUUUUUGGCAGCAAUAUAUGCUUCACGUUUUGCUGGAAACAUGAUACGGAUCUUGAGGAGAAAUGCCACGCGCAAGGCUCGGCUGCAGGAAAGAGUGCCUGCAAGGCUGCUACAGAAGCCAGCAGAGCCCAACUUCUCCGCAGAAGAGCAGUAGUUUUGGACUUGUGCCUUAUCUUUUGCAUGCACGGAUACGUAAAAUUGUUUCUGCGUGACUACUACAGUUCUACUCGCUUAUGUUGCUUGCAAAUUUCACGCCCAAAUAUCGCACGCAAUAGGAUAACUAUUGAAUGAUGUAGAUGGCUGCUUGUUCUGGAGCUAUCAACUUUUCAAGAAACGUUGUAUAUGUCUUACCUAAAACAUCCAUAGGGUAGCGUUGUAUGUGCUUGUAUAACAUAGGUGUGAUUAGUAAUGUAGUGAUCUGCCGUGUAUAUAUAGUGAGCAUUCCUUUUCGUGUUCCCACAUUGUAAAUACAGUUGAUAAGUGAUAUGCAAACUCUAUGUGACAUCACCAGCCCACAGUAUAUAUUGACAUAAACUUUGUUGCA